ACGUACAGCCAUAUUUACCGAGGCCGAUGCCGCACGACAAAGAUGUCCGUGGCUAUCAAGAUCAUAGACACCGACCUUGAGGAGGGGCUGUCCGCGGUCGUCAUGCGCGAGAUCUCGCUGCUAAAGGAGCUGCGCCACAAGAACAUCAUCGCGCUCAUAGAGUGCGAGGGGAUAGAGACCCGCACCGCACUCGUUCUCGAGCACUGCCCGGGGGACCUCGAGACGUACAUGACGCAGCGCCGGUUGACUGGCCGCCCAGUACAUGGUGACCCCGACCUCAUCCGGACCCUCAUGUGGCAGCUCCUGCAGGGUCUGGCGUACUGCCACGCGAAGAAGGUGCUGCACCGCGACCUCAAGCCGCAGAAUCUCCUCGUCGACAAACACGGCGUGCUAAAGAUCGCGGACUUCGGGCUGGCGCGGCAGGUCGGGUUCCACCCAGAGUCAGAGAACCUGACGGGUGAUGUCGUCACGCUAUGGUAUCGCGCCCCGGAGCUUCUCCAGCCGCCAACCCCAACGCCGACGCCAACGCCGCGCCGGUACGGCUGCGCGAUCGACGUCUGGUCGUGCGGGUGCAUCCUCGCCGAGAUGGUCUUGGACCACGCGCUCUUCGGUGGGGUCCCGGACGAAAGCACUCUGCUGCGUUAUAUCAAAUCCAUUCCGAUGUGCGGCAUCCAAACAUUCCUCAUGGCGGGCGUGCAGCAACUACCACAGGCGGUUCCCCGUAUACCUAACAGGCCGCUGGACGCUGACCACCGUCGUUUCGCACCUCUAGCACUCGAUCUCCUGCACCGGAUGUUGCAGUACGACCCGAAGACGCGCAUCACCGCCGCGGAUGCCCUCGAUCACCUCUAUUUCCCGGCCCGCUGGCAUUCUGCGCGCGAUGCGACGCCGCCAACGAGGGACCUUGCUCCGCUCGACGCAUUCCACAAUCCUCAAGGUCAGACGACGCCGGGCCUGCAGCAACUGCAGCAGCCUGAGGUUGUCCACAUGCCCAGGAGGCCGCCAGGCGUGCACGCAGAACUUGGUUCUUUCCGCGCGACGGGACAAGGGCCAUCGACGGGGCCACCGCAGAUGUUGGGGGUGAAAUACGCCACCGGCAGUGGUGCCCUCCUUCCGAAUGCGAGUACGCCGCCGUGA